GCACUCGUCUCAUUUGACCCCCCCGAGUCGAUACGUUUACUUCGUAGCAAUCUCGUCCUCACGCUUGCUAUAAAUACUCUCCCCUUCCAUUUUUCCGCCACAUCCGCUCUCUCUUCUCCAUCUCCGAUUCUUCAUCCCAAGGCUGCAAAUUAAAAGCCGAAUUUUUCUUUGAAAGCUGAAUUGAGAGUUGUUUAGAUUUGCUGGUUUUUUUAUCACGUAAGGGCUCAGAUCUCGCCUCUCCAACAAGCAUAUCUGAUUCUUCAAAGGCGGACUUUUAGCUCCUCGCUUACUCUGCUUCCGUCUCUUGCAUCUCCGAUUUUUCCGACUUCCGGGCUGUCUUCGUUAUUUCAGUCAUGUGGAGGUUCAAGCAGUUUAUGCCAAAAGAACAUGCUGGGCUGGAAGGCCGCACUAUUGAUGUUGGCAACAUCAAGGUUCAUAUCCGCAAUGUGAUUGCAGAAGGCGGGUUCUCUUGUGUUUAUCUUGCACGUGAUGCUGUUCAUACAUCUAAGCAGUAUGCUUUGAAGCACAUUAUAUGCAAUGAUGGGGAAUCUCUGGAGCUGGUGACCAAAGAGAUCUCAGUGAUGAAAAUGCUUAGGGGACAUCCAAAUGUUGUCGCACUUCUUGCUCAUACUAUUUUGGAUAUGGGGCGGACAAAAGAAGCACUUCUUGUUAUGGAAUUUUGUGAGAAGUCUCUGGUUAACGUGCUGGAGAGCAGAGGAGUUGGAUAUUUUGAGGAGAAACAGAUUCUUUCCAUUUUCAGAGAUGUGUGCAAUGCAGUGUUUGCAAUGCACUGCCUAACCCCUCCAAUUGCACACAGAGACUUAAAAGCUGAGAAUCUUCUUUUGGGAUCUGAUGGAAUAUGGAAGUUGUGUGAUUUCGGCAGCACUUCAACCAAUCACAAGCGCUUUGAAAGGCCUGAAGAAAUGGGUAUUGAGGAAGACAAUAUAAGAAAACACACAACACCUGCCUAUAGAGCCCCUGAGAUGUGGGAUCUGUAUCGGAAGGAACUUAUAAAUGAGAAAGUGGACAUUUGGGCUCUUGGCUGCCUGCUUUACCGGAUCUGCUACUUCAAAUCUGCAUUUGAUGGUGACUCAAAGCUGCAAAUCUUAAAUGGAAACUACCGCAUCCCAGAUUUACCAAAAUAUAGUUCAUCCAUCACGGGCUUGAUCAGAGACAUGCUUCAGGCUUCUCCAGAUGCCAGACCAGACAUCACGCAGGUGUGGUUUCGUGUUAAUGAACAGCUACCUCCAGAGUUGCAGAAAUCAUUGCCAGACAGACCACCUGACAUGCACCAAGCAACUGUCAAUAUGCAUGAUGAUGUAGGUAUGUCAAAUCCUACAAACAGGGCUCAUCCAAUGCCUCAUAGGAGUCCACCCCCUCCUCCAGCCAGAGAACAAGUUCAAAAUGUAUCAUCACCAUCUCUCACUUCCAAGGCAAGUGGGCCUCCUUUAGGUGCAUUUUGGUCCACCCAGCAUGCAAAAGGUUUACAUGUCUCAGAGGACAAGGGCGAGCCCAUUUUCGAUGAAGAACCAAGUAGUCAAAGGAAAUCCCUUCAUGAUCGACGGAGUCCAGAGAAACUUUGCCAUCUUGGGAAUGUUAGCCCUCCAAAAGAGCAGAACAUUGGGACCCGUUCUUUCAGAAAGAGUGUACAUGUAAACCCCCCUAAGAGAUUUGAUGAUGUCCACUCCAAGGACUUUGAGAUAAGAUUUUUCUCAGAAGAUGCAAACCAUGGAUCUGAAAAAUCAAAAACAUCAAAAUCUGAAAAUGCAAUUACUUUCCAGAAUGAAACAUUCAACACUUUUGUUGCUGAAUUUGAUACCAAUAAACUUGACUUUGGAAAUGGUAGUAAUAGCAAUAACAAGAAAUCAGCAAAAGAAGAAGCACUUGAGGCUGAAGUGGAUAGACUGAAAGAUCAAUUGAAACAAGCUAACACAGAGAAAGCUGAAAUAACAUCCAAAUAUGAAAAGCUUUCUGCCAUUUGUCGUUCUCAACGACUGGAGAUUCAGGAAUUAAAGCAAGCUCUAGCUGCUAGAACACCAUCACCAAACAAGGACUAUUCAAAAACAACCUCUGGAAGUCAGCAGUCUACAACUCCGCAAAGGGAGAAGAUCGAAGGGACAGUGUGGGAACUCCAACAAGGGCUAUUUGCCAAUAGUUCCCCAAGUCCAGAUUCAAAACCAUGGAAUGCAUUCUCUGAUGAUACCAAGCCACAGCCUUCCUUGAAGAACAACACUCCCAGAUCAGUUCGGACAACAAAUGGACGGCAGAAGAAACAGGCUCCUGAUGAAAGUCAUGGUCUUGAAACAUGGGGUUUUGGGUCAGAUAAUUUCACGGCGGUCCCGUCCAGCACUCAGGUAACACAGACCUCUAGCCAAGUUCAUAGUUUUGAACGAAUUGGAGAUUCAAGGAGUGUAGAAAGGAAGAAGGCUUCUCAGCCUGCUGGAUGGGCUGGUUUCUGAUUCCAAAUAUUUGAAGAAAAAGCCAGAGUAAAUCAUUACUUUAUUGCAAAGCUUUUCAUUGAUGUUAUCCAGAUUGUUUUCUUUUCCAUACUAGUUAUUUUGGUUUAAAAGCGAGGGGGGGGGGGGGUAAAGAAGAAUGAAAAAAAUGCAAUGUAUGGGCUAUUGUUUUAUGUUUUUUUUUGUUAUCCUUGCCCUUUAGAAUUUAGAUGUUGGAAAGCGUAAAAGAAUGAAACAAUACAAAUGACCUCUGAAAUCUCAGAGUCAUCAGUAGGCAACAGAUGUACAGUUAUUGCAUGCAUCAAUAUAUUCAGGGUAAAAGUAAAUA